AUGUCUAUUUCACGCUCAAAGUCUGCUCUACUAGUCUCUUCAUCUGCCGCCUUGCCCGGCAGCUCUCACAUAUACCCCGCUCGCCCCCUUCCCUUGCGUCGCACUCGUAGCGCGGGUGCUCACCAUACACCCUUGCAUGUGACAUCUCCUUAUUCGCCCCGAACAGAGCGGGAGGACCCAUUCAACCUGACCAGCUUCUUUCCCUCACAACUGUGCUUCGCUGAAGGUUCUCAAGAGCAACAGUGGAAGUGGCUGCAGGACUGCGACGGCGACAGCGACUCAGAAUGUGCGGAGCAUUCUCGAGUUUCCUCUCCGAUCGCGGAAGAAUUCCUGCCUCCGACACCACCAGAUACCAGUCUGAUCGGCGCUGCAGACGAAGCAACUGCAGAUAUCAUCAAACACGAGGACAAACUAGGCAUCCUGGCGCUCGGAGAAUUCAUGCCAUCUGGGGCCGCGAACGAUCCAUCUCUUGGAGAACAGCUGCUGUCCCCAUACGCCGAAGAUGGGCCCACGGACGACGAUGGCCUGUACUACGUGUUAUGUGGACUACGCAAGAGACAGGCUUCUUUGCUGCACAAACGCGAGAAGCCGCUGGUCACCUUCGACCAGCUAUUCGCGCCUCGGACCGACGGAGACGUCGAGCUUCUGGACGGAGACCGCGGGUCGCUAGUAUAUCGCGGCAUGUGGAGGGCACUCGAGUUCUUCGACGGGCAGCUUUAG